AUGACUAUGGGUUUGCUUCUUUUAUUGGCGAUCGUUGUAGCAUUUAUUCCAAAUGUUUCGGCACGAAGCAAACAAAAUUUUGAAACAGGACAUCAUUUAGUCCUGGAACCAGAACAUUCUGACCUCAGCGAAAACCAAGUGAAGGCUAAGUCUGACAGCAAACAACAGUCACGAGAAAAGGAUGCUGGACAAGACAUUCUGAAUGACCAACCGCCUCUCCGAUGUCCCAGGCAAGUCAACACCCGACUACCUGGAGUCGACUUUGCUUUGUACGGGUACAACAGUCUGAAGGGUUGCCCACUGGCACCAGGUCGCGAUCCUGGCUUCACCUUGCCCAUAUUCUCUGCUGACUACAGUGCAGGUCACGUGAUCACGGACAAUAGUUACAGCGUGCCACGUGGGGUGAUUCUUGCACCGGAUGUGUCAUGUGUAAUGUCCUUUACCUCAGAGGUCAUUCAGACGCCCUAUGACCUCACCAAGUUUAUGAGUCGUACAGCGCAACUCGAUGGCGGCGGUUGGGGGCCUCCAUUUGCGGCCAACCCAUUCUUUCAGAAAAUUCUCGCUGAAUUGAGACAAAAGGUCUUGAUCGUGUCAUCAGCCUCUUGCAGUUCAUAUCUUGUUUCGCUUUUACAUUUACAGCCACCGCCAUUCCAUUCAAUCUUUCUACAGUCGGUCAUACAACUUAAUAAUACAAGUGAUGAACACCUUUACCUGGAGUUUCUUGACACCUACGGCACACACUUUGUCUCACAAGUCCGCCUGGGAGCUUUGCUAACUUUUGUGCACAAAAUGGAGACUAGCAACUACAAAAGGUAUGGACAGGGUCACGUGACAGCUGCUGCAAACUAUUUAUCUGCUUCGCUACUUGGAGAGUCUGAGACCUUAAGUUCCAAUCAGAAGAAACAAGCAGACGAGCUUCAAAGUCAAGUAGAGACAAGUACAAUAGGUGUUGGGGUACCUCCCACUACCAGCGCCAGUAGCUUGGCCUGGCUUACAGAAGUAGGGAACAAUCCGGUCGCCAUUAACUAUGUCUUGACUCCAAUAGAUCUUCUGUUCUCAAAAACAUUUGUCGGUGACUGGGGUCCUCUAAAUCACGAUUCUGUUGAUCUUGACAAGAUAAAAACCAAACUAAUAACUAUUAAGAAGAAAUAUUGUCAGACUUUAAAGAAGAAAGGUCAGUUGUCUGACUGUGAUGAGUACACACCGGGAUUACAUCUCAGUCGUACAAGGCUAAUCGGUGUCUCCAUCUUUAGUGAGUUUGUAACUGCUGAACACUGUAUGGAGGAGUGUUACAAGCUUCCUGACUGUGUGGCCGUCACUUUUUGUCCCGAGUGUGACAGUAACGACAAGGAGUUUGAACUUUGUCAACUUUUACAAGACAGUCGCACAUGCAGUGCUGCGAACAACUCUCAGUGGCAAACAACCAUCUUUCUUAACAAAAUUCAAACAUCGUUUAAUGUGCAGAAUACGACGGUUGCUCCUGACUCAACAAUUGAGUCUAAGAAUCUCAUUGUAUCUUCCUCACAUGGCUGCUAUUCCUCUUGUCUCGAUGAAGACAAGUGUCUGGCCGUCACAGUCUACAAAAGCACUGAGUCAACUCUGAAGUGCACACGCCACACAGGCCCUAUUCAGAGUUUGAAAGAGGAAACAGGUGCCGACUUGUAUUUUGUGUCACCACACUCAAAAAGGUUCAUGACAUCCUGCAUCAACGAUAAUGGAUGUCCUGAGAAGAACACGGUGUGCUUUAAAGAUAGGUGUCUUUGUCGUCCUGGGUUCUUCUCAUCAACACGUGACAAUACUUGCUCUCAGACAUGCAGCACUGCCGACCUUCAGAACACAUUCAUGGAGUACCCGGAGAGCGGCAUACGGGGACAUAAUGUCGUUGUACGGGAUCAACUGACUUUAGAAGGAUGCAAGACUUUGUGUGUCACAACUUAUGGUUGUCUGACCUUUGACUUCAGAGCCAAAGGAGGGCGCUGUCUGCUGCAUAACAUCACAGCUCUUGACGUGCCAUUAGCCUGGUAUCCACACACCAGUAGAGGCUGGACCCACUACCAGAGAACCUGCAUGGACUCUUCAGACUCGUAUCCUGGACCACUGUGGUACAACUCACCGUGUCGUAGUGACUUCGAAUGUCCUGACCCCAACAGUCGGUGUCUACUGGGGAAAUGUUUAUGCCCCACUGGUUUCCUUUUGGACCAAACUGACGUCUCGUGUCAACUUUUUGAAUCGUGUAAGGACUGGCAGAGGACAGGCGCCAUCUCCGGUGUAUACAAUAUCACCGCUGCAAACAUGUCGUUGGAAGUCCCAUGUGACAUGAAUAACGGCGGUGGCUGGCUGGUUUUCCAGAGACGUCGUGAUGGAUCUGUUGACUUCUACAGAAGCUGGAAGGACUAUGAGCAAGGCUUUGGUGACAUCACUGGAGAGUUCUGGCUUGGUUUAUACAAGAUUUACAAACUUACACAAGGCAGACCUCAUCGACUCCGUGUUGACCUCAUGGAGGUGAAUGGAGAACGUCACUAUGCUGAGUACUCGUCAUUCAGUGUUGGUGGUCCUGACACAAAAUACAGACUCCAGGUUUCUGGUUAUUCAGGGGACGCAGGUGACAGCCUAAAAGGACAUAACAACCAAGGUUUCACCACACACGACCAAAACAAUGACAAUGCCACUACCACUAACUGCGCUUUAAAAUACCACGGCGCCUGGUGGUACAGAGCCUGUCACGACUCCAACCUCAACGGACUUUACAAGUUUGACGGGGCCUUUGGUGGUGACGGCAUUGAAUGGUAUAAAGCCCAUAAUGAUAACAGAGGCUUCACUUUCUCGGAGAUGAAAUUGAAGGCAGUGUGACAUUACAGUCCACUCUCUUUACCCUCAGCGUAGGAUACUGGAUGCUUCAUGCUGAUGUUGUGUUCACAUAACACUAACGCGACCUAUGUAGCUCUUUGUUUUAUCUCAUGAUAAUAACAUGUUGUUCUAAAUGAUUAAAACAACCCUGUUUUCACUUUCUAUGGGAGAUUCUUGUGGAGAUUCUGGUGUGUAUGUGUGUAUAUGUAUACAAAAGUCAAUACUAUAUCUUAAAUACAAACUGAAUACCUACGGAUUUAUUUUUCAAGUUCACAAACAAGACAGAAAUGUUCAAGGUGUAAAUACGAUUAGGUGCUGAAU